GACCUUUCGAAAUGUCAGCACGAGGGCACAGAAGGAACUUAUUUCACGUCUAAAGUCGUGUUCUGGAGGGCAAAGUCCAUCACACACAGCCUGGAAAUAUCUGUAAUGAGCCACAUGCUCCAAUCCGGUAAAUCAACAACCUUCAAGCGGAAACGAACUGCUCAUGCCUGUGAAGAAUGUCGGUCACGCAAAUCCCGUUGUGAUGGGAGCCAGCCUGUCUGCAGCAAGUGCAGUGAGAUGGGAUUUCCUUGUCGUGAUAGCCAACCAAAGAAAGCAUCCAGGCCCUUCAUACCAUCCGUGCAACCCCCCUCGGAUAGUCCUACUUUGUGGCUCGCGGGACGCCUCGACAACAUGGAACACUUAUUGGAAAGGCUACUCUCAAGGAAUGAUCUGAGAAGUCCGCCAUGCCUCCCCCACUCACCCCCGGACUCUCUCCCUGCGCUCGAUACACAGGCGAGUGACCAUGUCGACGGGAUGGGCUGUAUGCCUUUUGCAGACGACGAGGACGCUGGCCAUUUUGGCCCAACAUCGAAUGCUACUUUUCUUCACCAUAUAGUCACGGCUCUCAAAGACCUACAAUGGAUCAAUUCUUUACGACCAACGUUUGGAAAUCUUGCACCAGCGUUACGGUCCGCAUGGCCCCCCCCCGAGCAUGGCCCCGAGCAGUACAAGAAACAAGCGAUCAGCUUUCACGUCUCAUAUGACCACCAGCUCAUCGAAAUUACCUUCAAAUGACCAAAUAGUGGCACUUCUUCAGCGAUACUUUCAACAUACCGGUGACAUGUUUCCGUAUUUACACAAACCAACAAUUUUGGCCUAUCUCGGCACUGAUCAGCAU